AUGCCAAAGGAAGAAAGAGUCUCGUCUGUUCACCGCAAUUCGAUCUCCACUGCAUCAGCUGCGGGAGGUGGAGCGCGGAGUUCGUCGUGGUCUCAGAGUGACGAUGAGACCUUGAUCAAGGCACGCGCUCAAGGAUUGAACUGGAAUCAAAUCGCCCCAAGGCACUUCCCUUCAAAAUCUGCGAAUGCUUGCCGCAAGAGGCACGAGCGCUUGAUGGAGAAGCAGAAUGCUGAGCAGUGGGAUGGAGUCAGGCUAGAUGUUUUAGCUGAGGCUUACAUGGAGGUUCGAAGUGAAAUGUGGAAAAUCUUGGGUACCAAAGUAAACGAAAAGUGGCAACUUGUUGAACAGAAGUGCAUGGAGAAAGGAUUGAAGAACCUCACACAAGCGUACCGCCAGGCGCAGAGGAAGCAGGGUACAUACGAUAUCAACGAAGACAGUGGAGUUGGCAUUUCUGACCUGGACGAAGACUCGAACGAGAACCCUUCGCCAGUGUUGACAGACACCUCCAACCAUUUGCCACUGGUCUACCAGCAGCAGCAGCAGCAGCAGUCCACGACCUUCCAGCACCACCAGACGCGAGUGCCUUCCAUCCACUCGAUUCUGCAGCACACACAACACCUCCAGCAGCCGCAGUCUGUAUUGCAACAACAGACCAUGGGCCAGCAUACCAUGGGAUACACCUCCGCAUACCAUCAGCAUUAG